AUGUGGGGAGUAUCCUACUGGGUCUUUCCCGUCAUCUCCGGCUUCUGCUGGCUGGGCAUGUUGAUGGGCCUCCUAAUCCACUGGACAAGCACCGGGAAACCACACUAUGCAUCAAUGGACGCCUCACAGAGCAUUGCCUACAUCUCGGACGUGGGAGCCCAAUCCCUCAAACCACUCUUCAUCGCCGGAUCCUGUGUCACAACCAUCUUCCUCGACCUGUCUUUCCUGUCUGAACGGUGGCUAAGGCACCGUGGCCGUCUGGCGAAAAACCAGACGUUGACGGAGAAGGUGCUGAGCUGGCUGUCGAUGUUCUUUGCGCUUAUUGGGACUUGUGGGUUGAUUCUGCUGAGUAUCUUUGAUACGUUGAGACAUCCUACGCUGCAUGAUAUUUUCCUGUUGUUGUUCAUUGGGGGAUAUGUCAUCAGCGCCGUGUUCGUUUGCUGGGAAUACCAACGUCUGGGGAUAAAAUACCGCGAACACCGCAUCCUCCGCUCAUCAUUCUGGAUCAAGCUCUCCUUCAUCCUCCUCGAAGUAGUCCUCGCCAUUGCUUUCGGCACCUGCAAUUUCACAAACAAGUACAACGCGGCAGCCGUCUUGGAAUGGACCAUCGCAUUCAUCUUCACAUUCUACGUCUUCUCGUUCUUCAUCGACCUUCUACCUGCCGUCCAGACCAAGCAUGACAGCAAGAAGUUUGGUGGCGGCGGCGGAGAGACGCAGAUGCAGAUGGAGCAGAAUGAUGAGGCAAGUCGCGCGGAGGGCGGACGUAAUGGGUAUUAUAAUAAUGACGGGGUGCCGGAGGGGAGGAAUACGGUGGAAAGCCAGAGGACUCUGGGUGGUAACGAUGUGAGGACUGUGAAUGGGGUCAAGUAUGAGGAUGGAGGGGUCCCUGUUGCGAGUAACUUCUAA